CGUGAGAGGCUCGUACGUAUGUACGCGGAAAUGGGCUCCCUCGCCUGUCAUUGGUCGCCGCCGACGAUUUUAUCACCAGUUAUCACUAGAACGAGACCCCGCAAACCGCCCAUUUAGCGCCUCCGCUCGCCGCCAACGUACGCGACUCGAUCGUGUAUUUGCUAAUAAUUAGACGAUCGUAUCGAUAUAUACGUCUGUAUACAUACGAGAAACGAAUUGCAUCUGCGACUAGCGAAGUGACGUAUGUGCGAGAGGGCAAUUCAGUUGCGUUUGAAUUAAGUUAUGCGAGCGUACAUUGAUUUUUAUUGAUUUGUAUUGAUUGAUUGCAUUUUUUAUUCAAUGUAAAAGCAUAAAUAUUGCUAUUGUUUGCUGCUUUUUUUUCUAUUGAACUUUUAGCGAUAUAUAUGUCAUAUUAUUCGUAGUCAACGCACGUGAAAUAGUGUUCAGGAGUGUUUGACGUUUGACAUUUUGAGAACCCCUGCCUUUAAAAUACGAUCGCAUUCGUGGUCGUGUAUACGUGUAUAUUCUGCUGGUAGUAGGCUGCUACAGCUGUAAUAAUUGUAUUUGUUGUUAGUCAGAGAAAGGGAUAUUUGUCGACAUAGACAUAACGUAUGAUUGCGAGUCUUGUGGAUAUUGAGAUCAAGCAGUUUGCGAAAUGAAGGCAGUUAUACAACGAGUAUCAAAGGCUUCAGUUUCAGAUGCUAGUUAAUGAGUUAUAAUUAUAUUUUUUAAUCAUCAACAAUGACAACUGCUGAAAAGAAAACUAUUGUGCAAGACGAGGAUAGUAAAUCAGAAGAACAAGAUGAAAAAGAUGAGAAGAUUGUAGAGCUUAGUGUAAAGGAUACAGAAGAUACACUUAAAAUAGAUAAACCAAAAGUAGAUAAAUCAUCUACAUCUAAAAAUGAUACAUUCGUCAAUCAACAGUCACGUGAAAGUCAGACGGAUUCUGAAGACACAGAAACUGUGGAGCAGUUGAAAAAUCAAUUGGGUGUAUUAAUGAAUCAGUUGGUUACUUUAUCAGCAGAAAAAUCUAAAAUGGAGGCCAAUUUUCAAAUCGAUAAGAAGCAAUUGAGAAACGAUCGUGAUGAAUGUGAGAAAGUAAUUAAAGAUCUAAAAGAAAGACUAAAGAAGGCUCAAAAUGUCAAUCAUUCCGAAAUCGAACACGUAAAAUGUAAAUUAAUUAUGGAACGGCACGACAGAGAGAAAGAACACGCCGAUUUUGUCAAGAAGCUAAAAGAAUUGCAAAAAUUACUAUAUAACGAGCAACGCAGCAAAGAACAAUUAGAGGGGCAAUUAAAGACUCAUCUCGCGAAUAAAACACAAUGCAAGAUUCUAGAAGCCGAACUAGAGAUCACCAAGACCAAACUUAAACAGGCCGAAGAAGCGGCAAAGGAAACACCGCCGAUUCUUCUUUCCCUACAAACUGAGAUGGCCUUGAUGAAGAAGCAACAUUUGAAUGCAAUUCGUGAAGAACAAAAAAGAGCCACGGCUGCAGAGCAACAAGCAAGAGGAUCGACAAUGAUAUAUGAAGCAAGAGUGGCCUGUUUGGAAGCUCGAUUAGCUGAACUCUCCGAGAUUGUUGGGAGCUAUGACAGAUUGAGACAACAGGAUCAAUUAACUAUUCAAAAAUUAAAGGAUCAAUUAGCUAUUUUGCAAAAUAAUGAGCAUAGUGAAAUCAUGAUGUCGAAUAAUCAGCCAGAGGAAAUUAUUUCCAAGAUAAAAAUUAUGUUUACUCGUUUGUUAGAUCUCAAUCAUCAGAAGAAAGAUUCAACUUAUAUAAAAUCAUUGCUGAAUAGUUUAGAUCUAUGGGAUGAACAUUACGAUUAUAAAGAAAAGUAUGACAUACUUUUACAAGAAUUUGAAGAUUACAAGCAUCAACUGUACAAAUAUAAUAUGUCAUCUAAUAUUCGUGGUGGUCAACAACAAAGACAAAAUGUAUCUCUGACACAUGACAAGAAUCAUGAUAAGACUCAAUUAAAUCUUCUCAAAGUGCAUAAUAGUAAUUUAGAAGAAAGAAUACGUAUGAUGAGCAAUGAAAUGUUAAAUAAAGAAAAAGGUUUGCAAGAACAAUUGGAUCAUCAACAAAAGUUGCUUCAAGAAGAACGUUCAAAAUUGGAACAUACAUUGCAUCAAAAAGACAUCGAAUAUCGUAAUAGAAUAUCUACCCUUGAACAACAAUUACUCCGACAAAGAGAAAGAUCUAUGGCUCUCAUGGAAGAAAAAGAUAAAGAAAUAUUGACUCUAAAAGCAUCAUUUCGUGCAUUACUGCCUAACAAGGAGACUGCUGCUACAACAGAAACUAAAACACAUCUAAAAAGAUACGAGAAUACUGUCGAACCGGUUACCGAUUUGGUAACAGAACUAUUAACGAAUGACAGUCCUCAGAUAUUGCAUUACACUCAGGAAUUGUCUAGGAAAGAAGUACAAGUAUCGUCUUUGAGGAAAAAGAUUUUAGAAUUGGAAGCAUCAUUAAGAGAACAACAGAUAGAAAUAUUUCAUAUGAAAGAGCAACAACAGGAGGAGACUAAAUCUUUGAAAGAGCAUAUCAUUAGACUGGAAGCAUGCAAGUCGAGAGAAGGUGCGAAUUUGGAAUACUUAAAAAAUGUAUUCAUAAAUUAUUUGACAACAAAUGACGGAUCUAGUAAACGGCAUAUGUUAAAUGCUAUUUCAACAAUACUGCGUUUCACACCCGAAGAGCUUAAUAAAGUUAAGCAUUAAUAUUAAAAUAUAAUGUGACGGAAAAAACGGGCAAAGAACAGUGCGAAUAAAAAAAAGUAGAA